CAACGCGCCGCCAACUUUGUCGCAAUUACAGCAUUUAGUGCCGUUAUUUCAACGACCUGGCCCAGCAGGGUCGUCGUAGUUGCUUCUGCAAUUAGAAGCAGGCCCGAAGGUAUUCUAAUUACCAUCACCUAUUGCACAUUCCUACCUAACUGCUGGAGCUUCGCAAACGGCAACACCAGCAAGAACAACAAUUGGGCAGCUGCAAUAAGCCUACGCAUGGUGUCUACUAAAAAUAGCGAAACAUUUCAUCUUGUUGUUGCUAAAUAUAUACAUAUACCUGCCAUAGAUGAACUAUCAUUUCUGUCUGAGUGUGCGUGCCUGUGUCUAAGUUAGAAAAGUGUUUAAAAAUAAAACAAGCCAGCAUAGUAGUGGAAAAUUUGCAGCAGAGCGGCUAGAAAAAUUGUUAUGUUUAUUGUUUAAUUGUGAACGACCAAAAACUGCAAUAACCAACCGCUUCGAUCACAAAGAGCUUGUCAGACACUGGACAAGACUUCAAGGGGUGUUUGUGCUUGUGUCUCUCUGUGUGUAGCAUGCCAGCUGCCAUUAUGGCAUCGGACAUCAAUUGGGAUCCAGCGCUGUCCAAGUUGAUCACCACGCUCAAAGAAUCAGAUAAUUUAUCAAAUGAUCAGGAAAUCGAUUUUCUAAAAGCGUUACUAGAGUCGAAGGAGCUCAACGCGCUGGUCAAUGUGCACACCAAGGUCGCCAAGGUGGGCCGCGAUGAGCGACUGGCACCUGUGCUCUCCACCUCUGCCCAGGUGCUCUAUGAGGUGCUGGAGCAGCUGUCACAACGCUGUCAUUUAAGCGAUGAUUGCAAGGAGGCCUUUCAUCUGCUGCAGGAUGCGCACGUGCAGCACGUGCUCUUCGCUCACGAUGCCAUUGCCCAAAAGGAUUUCUACCCGCAUUUGCCGGAAGUACCCAUUGAAAUGGAUGAGGAUGAGGAGACAAUUAAAAUUGUGCAACUUGUAAAGAGCAAUGAGCCCCUGACAGGAGCACAAAGUGCGGAACCGAUUGUUGGUGCCACCAUAAAAACCGACGAGGAGACGGGAAAAAUAAUAAUAGCACGAAUCAUGCAUGGUGGUGCAGCCGAUCGGUCCGGACUUAUUCACGUUGGCGACGAGGUCAUCGAGGUCAACAGCAUUAAUGUAGAAGGCAAAACGCCCGGCGAUGUGCUGACCAUAUUGCAAAACUCAGAGGGCACCAUCACCUUCAAGCUAGUGCCUGCUGACACCAAGGGCGCUCAGCGCGAGUCCAAAGUUCGUGUUCGUGCGCAUUUUAAUUACAAUCCUGAUGUGGAUCCCUACAUACCUUGCAAAGAAGCUGGUCUGGCCUUUAAACGUGGCGAUAUCCUGCACAUCGUUGCUCAGGACGAUGCUUACUGGUGGCAGGCACGUAAAGAACACGAGCGCUCAGCCCGAGCCGGUCUUAUUCCAAGUCGUGCACUGCAGGAACGUCGUAUUAUACAUGAACGCACGCAGCGGGAAGCCAGCGAGUUGGACUCAAAGCCGGGUUCUUGCGCCUCAUUGUGCACCACCCCGCCUGGCUCUCCGCGCCUCCACACAAGCAGCAGCAACUCAUCCUGUCGCCAGCCCAAGACUAAAAAGAUCAUGUACGAUUUGACAGAGAACGAUGACUUCGAUCGGGAACUAAUUGCCACAUAUGAGGAGGUGGCUAAGCUUUAUCCGCGACCAGGAGUCUACCGACCAGUAGUAUUGAUAGGUGCACCCGGUGUGGGUCGCAACGAAUUGCGGCGUCGUCUGAUAGCACGCGAUCCAGAGAAGUUUCGCAGUCCGGUCCCAUAUACAACUCGACCUAUGCGAACCGGGGAGGUAGCAGGACGCGAGUAUAUUUUCGUGCCCCGUGACAAGAUGGACGCGGACAUUGCGGCUGGGAAGUUUGUGGAGCAUGGCGAGUAUAAGGGACAUCUAUACGGCACCUCAGCCGAGAGUGUGAAGUCAAUAGUCAAUGCGGGCUGCGUGUGCGUGAUUAGUCCACAUUACCAGGCCAUCAAGACGCUGCGCACUCCGCAGCUGAAGCCGUUCCUUAUUCACAUUCAGCCACCGGAGCUGGAGGUGCUGAAAGCAACACGCACGGAAGCCCGCGCCAAAUCCACCUUUGAUGAGGCAAAUGCUCGCAGCUUUACGGACGAGGAGUUCGAGGAUAUGAUCAAGUCGGCGGAGCGUAUUGACUUCCUCUAUGGCCAUUUCUUUGACGUCGAGAUCGUAAAUGGCGAGCUCGUAAGUGCUUUUGAGCAGCUGGUGCUCAAUGUGCAGAGGCUGGAGAACGAGCCCCUCUGGGCGCCCUCCAUGUGGGUGCAGUAAGGCUGAGAAGGCAGGCGCGGAGCGCGUGACUAAGCAAAAGACAGAAGCAUACUUGGGAGCGGCUGUAAUAAGAAUAUUAACAACACCAAACCACGCAUACUGCUAGAAGAAAUGCCAAAACGCAUAUACAAACCUAUAUACACGUAUUUACAUACACGUACAUAAGUAUUUAUGUACACACACACACACACACAUACAUACAUGCAUACAUACAUACAUACUAUACAUACAUAUAAGGAGUAUUUUAUGCCACCUGUUGAACAAAUCGACGCUAUGUAUUUGUUUUCUGGGCAUAGCUAAAAAGAAUACCAAACGUUCUUAAACAGCUUAAUGAACCUUUACUUGCCAGUGUUAGUCGGCAUUUAAAAAUUGUUAGCGACCCUAUAAAGUGCUGCCUGUACUGACGUUUCACAUUUUAUCCUUAGCCUGUCCAACUGGACAGCCUGCAGCACAAGAGCUGGUGGAACCAUUAGCAGGCUUAGUCCUCUCACGACAUGUACCUUUUUGCGUAAAAGUGAAAAAAUGAAAACAAUACAAUAAAGUUGAAUUAUCUAAAUUUAAA